CAUCACAACAAUCCCAUCAUCGCAACAACAGCAUCCUUGGUCCAGCUUACAUCUUCUUCGCACCCUCCCAGACGCAAGUGUGAAGAUGGAUUCACGACAGACUUCUGUCCUUGGACAGAAUCACGACGAGAACUGCGCUACGGAUCACUCUGCCAUGAGCGGCGAUGGUCCAAAUUCACUUCCUGCACAAGCCUCUGAGAACGCGGAACAACCCUACAAGUUCGAGUUGCAAGCUCUUGUGACUUAUCUCCGAGACCGACAAGGCGGCCUUCGACGCUCCGACGCCGAAAGAAACGACUUCUUCCUUCCCGCCGAGCAAUUCAAACAAUUCGACGAGUUGGCAGAAGGCGGUGAAUUCUCAGGAACACGCGUGAGAUACGACUAUUCCUAUGCCACUGAAACUCUGACUUUGAUACUGCACGGGAUCAAACACGAAUUCAUCGUUGCGUAUCUCAAUUCAUGCUUGACGUCUUUCAUCGGCGGAGUCAAAGACAAGGCGGAACCCUCCAUGGCCAACUUUGCCGCGUCGCUCAGACCUACCCUCUCUGCAGCCCUUUACUAUCCGUUCAAGAACCCCAAGGGCAGGGACCAGCGUUCACCUGAUGUCAGCUUCAUAGAUGUAAAGAAUGCCGAGUACCCGGUUCUGGUUGGUGAAGUCGCAGUCUCGCAGACAACCAAAGAGCUACACAAACGUGCACAAGAAUACAUCGAGCAGACUCAGGGUCGGAUCCGAACUGUCAUCACAGUCGACGUUGACCAUCCAGUUGGCAAAGGAGCACGUCUCUUGGUUUGGAGGGCAAAGUUUGGUGGAGACGAGAAGUUUGAAGGGGUAGCCUGCGGUGAUGCCGUGGAAAUUCGAAACAAGGACGGUGUCAAGAACCCCGAUAGCCAAGCUGGACUUUUUCUAUCGCUUGAAGACUUUGGUUUCGUCCGAGGAACAGAUGGGGAGGAUACGGAUCUUCAAUCUGUCGCCGCCGUCAACGUGGCCAAUAUGGACGAUCUGUGCAAGGUAUUGGAAUACGCAGAGGAGGUGAACGAACUCCGCAGAGUCCGUAAAGACCUCAGGACAGGACGAAGCUAGAAUGGAAGCAAUCAUCUUCAUGUCUGCUCCUUUUGCAGAUCCGAGGGUCCAAGUGAUUGCAUGGUUGGGGCAUCGACCUGAUUGAUGUCGUCGAGAGCUGAGCUGAGCCAGGAAGUAAUGCCAUGGCAAGCUCUAGCAAACAUCGGCCACAAUUGUUUUUCAGCGCGCAGCACCUUUUCCCCCUACUGUACGUACGAGAUACAUAUCAUUGCUCAGACACACAAAAUCUUGCUUGACGUCGUCGGGCAAAUUGACCCCUUCGACAGCAGAAUUGCAAGGAACAAGAUACGAGCUAGAAAAUGAAAUGGCCCAGGUUAGGGUUUCCACACACACACA